AUGGAACAAGGGAACUACACAACAGUUACAGAGUUCAUCUUGUUGGGACUGUCACAAACCCAUGAAGUUCAGAUGAUUCUCUUCUUUUUGUUUCUACUCUUCUAUAUGAUCAUUCUGCCAAGCAACAUCCUUAUUGUUCUCACAAUUCAGAGGGAUUCCCAACUGGAAUCCCCCAUGUACUUCUUCCUGGCCAAUUUGGCCUUCUUAGACAUCUGCUACUGCUCUGUCACCCCACCCAAAAUGUUAGCUGACCUCUUCUUACACCAUAAGACUAUCUCCUAUGGUGCCUGCAUGGCUCAGCUUUUCUUUCUCCACUUCCUGGGAGCAGCUGAAGCUUUCCUGCUCAUGGCCAUGGCCUAUGACCGUUAUGCGGCUAUUUGCAAAUCUCUCCACUACUCCAGACUUAUGAACCGAAGGGUGUGCUGUGCCCUGGUUGGAGCUUCAUGGGCUGGGGGCUUCAUCCAUGGUAUCGUUAUAUUUAGUCUCACCAUUUAUCUCCCCUUCUGUGGCCCCAACAUCCUGGACAACUUCUUCUGUGACAUCCAUCAGCUGGUGAAGUUGGCCUGUGCUGACACCCAUGCAGUGGAGCUGCUGAUGUUCCUCAGCAACGGAGUUAUCAUCAUCAUGUGCUUUGCCCUUCUCCUCAUCUCAUACACUGUCCUCCUGAUGAAGCUCCACACACAGUCCUCCGAGGGAAAGAGUAAAAUAGUCUCAAACUGUGUUUCUCACAUCAUUGUGGUCUUUGUCAUGUGGGGCCCAGCCAUGUAUAUCUAUGCCUUACCCUUCCAAGCUGUCCCAAUGGAAAAGGUUGUUGCUGUUUUCCAUACAGUUAUCUUCCCCUUGACUAAUCCCAUCAUUUACACAUUGCGCAACAAGGAGAUCAAAAGCUCUAUGUGGAGGCUGGUCAGAAAGCACAUAGUUUCGAAUGGAAAAUUAAACAUUUUGAAGUAA